GAGGUGGGCGCUGCUGCGGCGGCCCGGAGGCGCGGGGCUCGGGCGCCGUCGGCGGGGUAUGCCGGGGGCCGGGGAACGCGCGGAGGAGGGCAGUGGUGGCGGCGGCGAGGAAACGGUGCCGGUAACCAGCUCCGAGGCCGGGGCGGUGGCGGGGCGGGAACCCUCGCGGCUGUGCGGCUACCUGCAGAAGCUCUCGGGCAAGGGCCCGCUGCGCGGCUACCGCAGCCGCUGGUUCGUGUUUGACUCGCGUCGCUGCUACCUCUACUACUUCAAGAGCCCGCAGGACGCUCUACCGCUCGGCCACCUGGACAUCGCCGACGCCUGCUUCAGCUACCAAGGCCGGGAUGAGGCUGCGGAGCCCGGAGCCGAGCCACCCACGCACUUCCAGGUGCACAGCGCUGGUGCAGUCACGGUGCUCAAGGCUCCUAAUCGCGAGCUCAUGACUUACUGGCUACAGGAGCUUCAACAGAAAAGAUGGGAAUAUUGCAACAGCCUCGACAUGGUGAAAUGGGACAGCAGGACUUCCCCAACUCCUGGAGAUUUUCCUAAGGGCCUGGUAGCCAGAGAUAACACAGAUAUAAUUUCCCAGCACCCAAAUCCUUCUGCGGAAAAAGCCAGAACUGUGCUCGCGGUGGAAGCUGCCCCUGGAGAGCUGGUGGGAGACCGAGCUGCUCGCCAGCCAGCCCCAGGGCUUCCGAAUUCCAUUAACUUUUACUCUCUGAAGCAGUGGGGUAAUGAGCUCAAAAACUCAAUGUCAUCUUUCCGUCCUGGGAGAGGACAUAGUGAGAGUCGCAGAACCGUGUUUUACACCAGUGAAGAGUGGGAACUUUUAGACCCACCUCCUAAGGACCUAGAGGAGUCCCUGCUACAGGAGGAGAGGAAGAAGCAAAUGCCUGAGGGGAGCAAAGGAGUCACUAGUUCGGGAUUCCCCUUCGAGUUGGGGCGGCACCCUUACAAAGGAAAGCGCCCCUUGAGAGACAUAAUUGGGUCAUACAAAAAUCGCCACAGCAGCGGUGAUCCUCUGAUCGAGGGAACGUCACCAGGUGGUGGAAGCCUCGCUAAGCCCGUCUCUGAGAUGCAGCUGCAGAUUCAAAGCCAGCAGGAGGAGCUGGAGCAGCUCAAGAAGGACCUGUCCAGUCAGAAGGAGCUUAUUCGGCUGCUCCAGCAGACAGUCCGGUCAUCCCAAUAUGACAAGUAUUUUACGAGCCACCAAAUCAGCCAGGGGGUCCCCAGGGACACUCUGGAGCUUCUCCACCAAAAGGACGAGCAGAUCCUGGGCCUCAGCGGCCAGCUGGAGAGGUACGGCCUGGAGAAGGAGAGUCUCCAGCAGGAAGUGAGGACGCUGAAGAGCAAGGUGGGCGAGCUCAACGAGCGCCUGGGGAUGCUGAUGGAGACCAUCCAGGCCAAGGACGAGGUUAUCAUCAAGCUCAGCGAGUGUGAGGGCAGCGUGACUUCGCCCACCAUGGGGCCCAGCUCUCCUUUGGCCACUCCAGCCAGCAGAGACCAGCUGGAGCUGGACAGGCUAAAAGAUAGUCUGCAAGGGUACAAAACCCAAAAUAAAUUUCUAAAUAAGGAAAUUUUGGAACUCUCCGCUCUACGAAGAAAUGCGGAAAGGAGGGAGAGGGAUCUGAUGGCAAAGUAUUCUAGCCUGGAAGCCAAGCUCUGCCAGGUAGAAAGUAAGUACUUGAUACUGCUUCAAGAAAUGAAGACACCAGUUUGCUCAGAAGAACAGGGGCCUACCAGGGAUGUCAUAGCCCAGUUGUUGGAGGAUGCUCUGCAGGUUGAGAGCCAAGAACAGCCGGAGCAAGCGUUCAUUAAGCCUCAUCUGGUCAGUGAGUUUGAUAUCUACGGGUUUAGGACUGUCCCUGAUGACGAUGAGGAAGAGAAGUUGGUCGCCAAGGUCCGAGCAUUGGACCUGAAGACUCUGUACCUCACAGAAAAUCAGGAAGUUUCCACUGGGGUCAAGUGGGAAAACUAUUUUGCAAGCACAAUGAACAGGGAGAUGGUAUGUUCUCCGGAGCUGAAGAACCUGAUCCGAGCAGGCAUUCCACACGAGCACCGCUCCAAGGUAUGGAAGUGGUGUGUUGACCGCCACACCAGGAAAUUCAAGGACAGCGUGGAGCCCGGCUACUUUCAGAGCUUGCUCCAGAAGGCACUGGAGAAACAGAAUCCGGCCUCCAAGCAGAUCGAGCUGGACCUGCUGCGGACUCUGCCCAACAAUAAACAUUACUCCAGCCCCACAUCAGAGGGCAUCCAGAAGCUGCGCAGUGUCCUGCUCGCCUUCUCCUGGCGAAAUCCAGAUAUUGGCUACUGCCAAGGCCUCAACAGGUUGGUGGCAGUGGCCCUCCUUUACCUGGAACAGGAAGAUGCUUUCUGGUGUCUUGUUACCAUCGUGGAAGUCUUCAUGCCUCGAGACUAUUACACAAAGACUCUGUUGGGGUCCCAGGUGGAUCAGCGCGUGUUCAGAGACCUCAUGAGUGAGAAGCUGCCUCGGUUGCACACCCACUUUGAACAGUACAAAGUGGACUACACCCUCAUCACCUUCAACUGGUUCCUGGUGGUAUUUGUGGACAGUGUUGUCAGCGAUGUCCUUUUUAAAAUAUGGGACUCUUUCCUUUAUGAGGGACCAAAGGUAAUUUUCCGUUUUGCCCUGGCACUUUUUAAAUACAAGGAAGAGGAGAUCCUGAAAUUGCAAGAUUCCAUGUCCAUAUUCAAAUAUCUCCGUUACUUCACUCGGACCAUCCUUGAUGCCAGGAAGCUAAUCAGCAUCUCCUUUGGGGAUCUGAACCCCUUCCCCCUGCGCCAGAUUCGGAACCGGCGAGCCUACCACUUGGAGAAGGUCCGGCUGGAGCUGACAGAGCUGGAGGCCAUCCGAGAGGAUUUCCUGCGUGAGCGGGACACUAGCCCUGACAAAGGCGAGCUGGUUAGCGAUGAAGAGGAAGACACUUGAAUGCACCCCCACCCUAGGAUGCUGCUCUUCUUGCCUUUAUAACCAAAAGUAGCAAAGAGAACUCCAGGCAUGUCUCUGUUCAUUCAGCUGCCAGAAUGUAACGUCUGUGGCCUCUGGGUAUCUGCUGGGCAGAUGUCCAAAACUAAGCUGCACUUUCUCAUCUCUCAUUUGGAAGCAGAGGUCUGAUGGCUUUACAGCCAUUUCUACGCCACAGCAUUCAGUCACAUAUAUCACCGCCAUGCUUGCUGCCCGACUGGUGACUCGCCAGUUGACUGUUCCCAAGGGCCUGUUUACAGCAUCUUCCAGUUGUGUGAGUGCUUCACCCUGCAAAAUUUACUAUGCUCCACAUCUCCCUGUGCUCUUUCUUUUUAUUCAUGGACAGCACUGUGGAGGGAUGCCUACAGGGCUUCAGCGUGGCUGCUUCCAGGGGAAAAGGUCAUCAGAAGGAGAGGGACCUCUUAAAAAACCAAGCACAACUCUUAUUCCGAAGCAGCCUUCCUAGAGGGCAUGGGAGCCCUCUGCUGGUGGCUUCACACUGCCAGCCACAGCCCCGUCUUCUAACCCUAACCCCACCCUUCUUGUCGCCAGCUGUUUUGCCAGUGUUGCUCUAUCCUGACUUGCAGGGGAUUGACACACCUCCAGCAGCUGCUGUGGAAAUCUCUUCUAGCUGUGGAUGACUUGGAGGAGCCAUUCUCUAAGUGUGACUGGAUUGGGGUUCCAAAUGAACCUUGCAGUAGGCCCACCUCUACGUGAAGGAAUAUAGGAAAAACUUUCAGAUGUGGCAGAGCUGUGGCUUGCGGACUCCUGGAUGGCAGUGGCCAAGGCUCUGAUAUCAUGUCCAGCGACUGGGUGGGGAGUGAGGCUGGCUGCCAGCCUCCUAGCCCCGGAAGCAUCUUUGCCUGAGGACAAGAGUGAUGAGCUCUUUAUGUUGCCUGGAUCAUCCUUGUCCCCAGCAGGGAGCUGGGGUCACUGUGGCCUCUGGCAUAGCAUAUUCUGGGGACUUGGAACACUUCCUUCUUGAAGCUUAGAGAGGAUAUGAACAAGGAGGAUUAUUUUUCUCAACCCUAAGCAUCCCUGAUGGGUGGCUGUCAUGAGAAAGCAUUUUCUAACACAGUAUUAUCGGAACACAAGGGAAACAGCCUUAAAUGGACUAUCUUACACUACCUGGAAAACAAAAUAGGAAACAAUCCUUAGCUAGUAUAAACAGUGAGACUAAGAACUGGAGCAAGGCAGUUGUAAGAAGUGCUUUUUCCAUGACCGGUUUUCCUGUUUUUGCUAUCUACUUUUUAGCACUUGAAUGGCUGAGUCGCUUUUCCAGCAUCUAGACUGUGCUCAGCUUCUCUAAAAGUUGCUUUUUUUUUUUUUUUAUUACCGUGUAAAAGGAGCUGGUCUCUAUAUUUAGUCAAUAGCCUUUGUCUCAUUUCAGGUAUGAAGUGUCAUCAUCGUGACUUUAGGAUGGUGGUUUGAGGCCUGGCUUCUUCAGGGAGCUGUCUGAAUUGGACAGUGGUCUCACUGCUAUUCUCGGGGCCUCCCUGAAACCAAAUGCCGGAAGAAAGCCCACCCCCUAUGAAAUGAUGGCUGUCAGCCUUGGGGACAGCUGCUAAGGAGGUGCAGUAGGAUGGGGUUGGAGCCCCGUGGCUCAGCUCCAGAUGCCUGAUCUCAGUUGCCAUGUCAGUUCCCCACUGAAAGUAGUCGGUCCAAAUAUAUAUUUCACAUAAAUUGUCUUUUAGCAGUGUGUGCCCAGUAGAGGCAUCUUAAAAGUAUCUGGUGAUUCUGGAGACGUGGCUUAGUGGUAGAAUAUGUGACCUGGCAUCAGCAAUGCAAAAGGGAAAAAAAAAUCCCCAGUAUGCUCUUCUACCAUCCCCUGAGAGACAGCAUUAGUUUUCCAAGCAGUUUCAGUGGCCAGGUAAAGUCUCAAAAGGUCUCAGACUCUCCUCCCUGCAGAGCUGAGAGGGCAUGGUUGCCUUCAUUCCAGUUUGGGGACAGAAUGACACAGGCUCCUCACAGAGGCAUAAAGCCAGUGAUUGGAGUCCCUCAUCACUGAGACCUCUCUUUACCUUCCAGUGCCCUGAGGUUCCAGACUUAAACCAGCCACCAGCCAGGUACCCCUAGCAUCAGGGGCUGCCUCGUGGUGCCAUUCAUUUGAACCUUUACCCAGCAUGCAACACGUGGCUCCUUCCUGGUGAACCUUCUGGGCUGAGAAACCCAAAGCAUAGCCUCCAGCAUAUGGGUCCAAAUGCACGUGCCAUGGUGCAGGGAGCUCCCUGCCCUCAGAGCUCCCUGCCCUCAGAGCCCCCUCUGGUGGGAUUUACCAAUAGUUCAACUAUUAAUACUUUUAUAUUUUCACUACAUUUUAUAUUUUUAUAGACUAUUUUAUUAAGGUUUUUCUAGAUUCUGUAAGACUUUUAUAUAACAAGUUCUAUUUUGUGUGCACGGCUCCCUUGUAUGUAUUUAUAUCGACCUGAACAUCCCAAACUGCAGUUCCCUCCUGUUCCUGUUCCGCCUUCUCCCCUUAGCCUUGUCCAUUCCUCACUUCUGCUCACCCAGGUAGCCUCUGGUGUCAGCUGUGCUCUGUUGAUACAGGCAGUUAGUUACAGGCAGUUAGGCACCCAGUCGGGUUUUGUUAUCUGUGUUACUGCACAGCCCCUCUCACUCUCUGUACAGUGCUGUCUUCCUGAUCCACCCACCUCUGGGUGGGCCUGUUCAGGGAAGUCCUUGAAGAUAGAGGCUGGACGCAAGCCCAGUGCCUGAGGUUCUUCUGUGGGCAGCUGGAGGACUUGACGGCACACCAUCAAGCGACUGUCCUUUUGUAUCCCAGCAGCUUUUAUGCUCAUCUUUGAGUUAAAUGUUAGACUCGUAAAGGAAGAAAUAAACUAAUUUGUAUUACA